AUUUUUGACAAUGACAUUUUGAAUCAGCAGCGCUGUCAAAGUUGUUUUGUUGUCGUAUUGUCGUCGUUUCCGUGGUACAUAAUUUUAAAUAAUCUAUUCGUAAUAGAGCCAAAUACUCUAGAAAUUACACCAUUAAUCUGCCGGUUACCGAAGGAGGAACAAUCCACUUGCACCGCUUUGGACUCUACAUUUUUGAGGUUAUAUUGUUUGUUUUGGAAGUGAAAUUAUCUAAAUAAGAUGGUUUGUGAGAAAUGCGAAAAGAAACUAGGUCGUGUGAUCACGCCAGACCCGUGGAAAGCUGGCGCGAGGAAUACUGUGGAGUCUGGCGGCAGAAAAGUUGGUGAAAACAAGGCUUUGACGGCGAAAAAGGGGCGGUUCAACCCUUACACUGCGAAGUUCCAGGAAUGCAAGAUUUGCCGAUGUAAAGUUCACCAAGUCGGCUCACAUUACUGCCAAGCGUGUGCGUACAAGAAAGGCAUCUGUGCAAUGUGCGGCAAGAAGAUAUUGGACACAAAGAACUAUCGGCAGAGCUCAACGUAACUGGCAAUAUUAGUGUACCUACUUUAAGAUUGUAUAAAUUGUUCGGUUAGUAAGCAAUUGUGUAUGGUUGGGUUUUACCAAUACUUAAGCAAUAAUUGAGAUGUUUAGAUUUUAUAUACUCACAAUAUGGGAUCUUUCCAAUACGGAUUAAGCAGGAUAUCAGAUGUACUUUUGAAAAAGAAACAUAGUUACCUCUUUUGUGGUCUUAUUAUGGUACAACUGAAGUCCUGAUCAAAAUGUAUUUUUAAAGAGCCUUAUGAUCAUAAUAUUACCACAAGGUGCAAAAAAUGUGCAUCCCUGUUGUGCAGGAUUUGGAGUAAAGGCAAGUCCAGGCCAUGAUUGCGAGCAGGUUAGAUUGUGUGUAUGGCCUAUGAAUGGAAUGAAGCAGGGAUGACUCACUUAUAAUGCCUAAAGCUUAAUUAUGGGAUUUGGAAUUGAAAUUAAUGACAAAAUAUAAAUAUUUCAUUUUUAAUUAUAUUAUUACCUACAUUUAUUUAUUGUAAUGAAAUACAUUGUACAAUACUUGUUCAACUAAUAUACAUCUAAGUGAAAUUGUUACUAACAAAGUCUUAGUUUUUUGAAUAAAGAAUAUUAUUA